GUCCAUGUGACAGUUGUGGAUGAAAAUGAUUCUACACCUAAAUUUGACCAGUCAUCGUACAGUCAAUCUAUAGUUGAAAACAUCAGUAACGUUACAGUUAUAUCUGUUACUGCUAGAGAUUUAGAUAGUGGAAGGAAUGGUGAUGUUAUAUACUCUAUAGUUCAAGGCAAU